AUGAAGCUGACGGCCCUUAUCGCAGGUCUGAUCGCCGUUUCUGCGGUUUUAGCCGAUUCUGUUAGAACAGGUACACGCUUUUUCAAACUUUUGAGAAGUCUAACCUUUUUAAAGGGCUUUUUUGACUAUCCUAUUAGAUGAGCUUACUUCAGAAGCUCGUUUCACAUUCGCGCAGUAGAACGUCUCAAAAAAUUUGAAGAUAGGAAUUUGUUUAAUUUUUUCUUCUGAUUUAUUAAUAAUACUGCUCCUUUUUUUCUAUUAAAAAUAAAAACUCUUUUUAUUUAAAAAAACGAAAAAUUUUUUUUCUGCCGUUUUCAUUCUUUCCUGAAUUUGGUCGCUCCUGUUCAAACAACUGGAAAUCUGUGAUUCGGAAGUUGCGGAUCUCAGAAGUUUGGAAAAAGACUUGUUAGGUCGAAAUUUUUCUCUCAAAAGCUUUGAUUUUCCAGAAGAAACAAGAAGCUACGAGUGUGUUCGAAAUGGUGGAAACAGUAAUAUCGAGUGUCGUUUGAAGUUCGACGACGGCGAAUUCAUGGCCAUCAAUGAUAAUGGAUGCUUUAAGGUUGGUCUGACAAAAAUUUUGAGCUUCGAGAAUUUUUGAAAAAGCUGUAACAAAUACGUUCAGAAAAAAAGUCUUCAACACGGAUAGUGUGAUAGGAAACGGUUCCUUAGAGACAUUAAUAUUUCUCUUUCACUUUGCGAAAGAUUACUACUCAGAGAGGGAAUCGAUUGACACGUCUGUAAUAAAGAGACUCUCACAGAUAACUCCGUCUCUGCAGAGUUUCCCAAAAAAGAUGGGAUUUUUGAAAUAAUAUUAAAUCGACUUGAGAAUUUAAUAUCCUGACAUUAUUGAAAAAUCUAAUAUACAAUUGAAAUGAGUCUUUUCCUUUUUUCAUUUGAAAAAGGCGAAAAAAAGAAACCUUGAAUUGUGCACUGCCGAUGCGGAAAAGGUGCUUGACGCCUGCGGAAGUCGCAUUUUUGGCCUCGCCGUCGUCGGACGCCGGGAGCCCCACGAACGUCAUCAACCCUUCAAGAUCGUUCAAUUUGUUUGUGUUGCCGCAAGCGAAAAGAAAACGAAGCGGAUCUUCUCCGUACUUUGCGCGCAUCAUCUGCGCAAAGAGCACAAAGAACACAUUUCUCCGAGGGAGCCCCGACUAGAGUGGCUUUUCGAGGUGUCGUGUUAGAGGAAGAGUCCAACAAGCUUUCCCUUGUCACAAACAAAACAAUGCACUUUUUCCCCAGCUUUUGAAAAAACUGAACUAAUUAAGUAAUUAUCACACAAAAAAAAGUUUCAUUAUUUCUUUAAAUUAUUUCCUGGAUUGUACAUGAAACUUUUUUUCAUUUUCGAUCUGAUUUCGACUUUUUCAAGGUCUAUUAGUAUGGGUAAGAUCGUAAUUUUCACUAAAUACUUCUUAGAUGAAGUUUUCUGGAGAAAACCAAAAUAAUUGUUUCAAAACUGAUAAUAAAACCGACCUAUUUUUUCGGAGUAAAAAAAAUAUUUGAAAAUAUUCGUUAAAUUAUGAAAAUUGGAAACUUUGACUGUCAUUUUGGAACCUGAUGUGCUAGACCUAUUCCAAAACCUUGUGAUAUUGAACCAAAAUAAGCUUAACUUGACGUUACAGUAACUAACUUCCUGCGUUCAUCUUCAGAAAAACAACGCAAAAAUAACCUUUUCUCUACGAAAAAAAUCAUCAUCUCUUGAUUUCAAUCGACUUUGAGCCAAUUUUAACCCGCCAAUAGUCAUCAUCAUGACUAUCAUAUCGAUGGAAACCAGCCCCGACGGAAGUCCCAAACAACUUUUCCGCUAUAUUUAUCGACGUGAGAAAAAGCACCACCUGAUCUGGGUUUGCUCAACAAACGGUAGUAAGUAAGUAGGGAGUUGAGAAAAGGAUUAGGAAGAAGAUAGGGAGGAAAAAACGUCUGGCGCCACUACGGCGACCAAAUGAGCCGCAUUUUCGCACUCGUGAACAGCUAAUUUUCUUUGGACAAACAGCGGACGGAUACAAAAUACGGUCUGAACUAAACUCGAAAAACAAUGAGAGGAGAGGAAAAGCAAGGGAGUUGGCGGAAUCGAGUUAAGCCCUGGGGCUAUUCAACUGGGUUCGAGGGUGGCUUAAACUCAUUUCUUUCUUUUCCUCUUUAGUUCAGGAAAAAAGGAACACUUCAUUUUGUGGCGGAGUUUGUUCCAAUCCAACUUGGUUAGAACACGAGGAAAAAAAGUAAUGAGAUUUUUGAGGAAUGGUAGACACAUAAACAACAUAAAAAAUAACGAACUUUUCGAUUUCUUCGAAAAAAUUAUGAAAAUAAAUUAAUUUUUCCUACGUUUUACAGCAAUAUUCGCCUACACUUCAAUCAACACUGGAACACUGUCCUCUACAGUGCCAACACGCCACAGACGCCACCGUAAUCCAGGUUAAAAAAAUUAGAUUGAAAUUCACUAAAAGAAAUUAAUUCUUACACGAAGUUCAUGAAAUCAGGAUAAACAAAAAGGUUUCGAAGUUUCGCUACCGAUAUCCCUUGAACCGCCACUUUUACCGGCUAAAAAUAUUCACUUUUCAACUUCACAAUAUUCUAAAAUAUUGACUUAUACCUAAAGAAUAGACUUAUGACUAAAUGAAGCGAUUUUCCGCCGGCGAAACAAUUUUUGUCGGGAAAAGUUUUGAUGACGUCAUGAGAGGAGGAAGAAUUGAAAAUGGAAAAAGUUCAUGACAAUGAUCACAACGCAUUAUGUUCGAAGCAAGACAGAACUUCAGACAACGAGCCCGGAAUGCGUCAAAGGAGAAACAUUCGACGUGGAACGUCGUCGGAGCGAUUGGUUCCUGUGGCGUCGUGAGGGAUGUCUUCGCGUUGAAGCCGAGUUCAACUUCACCUGCGUUUCCCAACAAAUGCAAGUUCAAUCUCAUCUCAUAAAAGCUUCCUUUUAACUCCUCUUCAAACUCCGAAAACUUCACGUCUAAAUUACCAAGUAAUAUUAGCAAAAAAAACUUCCGUUUCGAAAACUUGAGAAGAAAUAGGACUUAUGAGAAAGAAAAAUCUUCGAAAAAAACGGAUUAUUUCGAUAAUUUAAUUAAAAUAGUUUUUUUCUUAUGAAGCUCUAACCAAUGUGCCACAAAAUCCAGAAAAGCUCCUAAUCAUUUUGCCAAUCCGACUGUACAAUUUCCAGGGAAUUCCCGGAAGCUGAUCAACCAUUGGAAGUGCCAGACAUGAUGAUGCAAAACAUUGAAGAAGUCGAUCAAGAGGAAGAAGAAGAAGUUCGAGCCGAACUGCCCAGUUCCAACAACGAACUCCUCGAUUUGGAAGAAGAACAAUCGGAAAAGGAGCCCGUCGAAAUUAAGCCAUUGGAUGCUCCAAUUUCCGUCGAGAACGCCCCAAAAGUUGCGGAAAAAGUUGCCAUCGAAGAAAAGCCAGAUGACUUGCCCGAAAAAGUCGAUACCCUACUCGGAAUCAUGUUUCCCUCAUACAGAAAAGCUGCCUAA